GGGCUGGCGAGCUCUAGUCUGCAGGGCGGGGGGCGCCCUCACCCCCGCAGCCCUCCGCCCGGCGGCCAGGCCUCUCCUGCCGGUGGGCCGGGUAGCUGCCCGCGUCGCCGAGGGCUUGUCCCCCCGGCGGGCGGAGAGUGAAGGUGCGGACGCGGGGGCCGGACGGCGCGGCCAGGUGAUGGUGAGCCCCAGGUGUCUCCCGAGGACAGGGGACGUCCCCAGAGCAGCCGUGCCCCCGGACUGCCCCGGUGCAGCUGUUUGACAUCAGCCCUAGGGAAGUUGGACAGUUGUGAGUUUGUCCGUCUCCCGUUAAGUGCCCUUAGGAUGCAGUGAUUAAGCAUUAGGCGCUCCCUCCGGGAGGGGCACUUGCCUGUGCUUGGGAGCUCGGUGCAGAGAGAAAGGACAGAAUGAUGCUGUCCGAGCAAGCCCAAAAGUGGUUUCCAACCCACGUGCAGGUCACAGUGCUCCAAGCCAAAGAUCUUAAGCCAAAAGGCAAAAGUGGCACCAAUGAUACAUACACUAUAAUUCAGCUGGGUAAGGAAAAGUACUCCACCUCCGUAGCUGAGAAAACCCUUGAGCCAGUCUGGAAGGAAGAGGCCUCCUUUGAGCUCCCUGGAUUGCUGAUGCAGGGGAAUCCAGAGAAAUACAUUCUUUUCCUCAUAGUUAUGCACAGGUCCCUGGUGGGUCUGGAUAAGUUUUUAGGGCAGGUGGCAAUCAAUCUCAAUGACAUCUUUGAGGACAAACAAAGAAGGAAAACAGAGUGGUUUAGAUUAGAAUCCAAACAAGGAAAAAGAGCCAAAAACAGGGGUGAGAUAAAGGUCAACAUUCAAUUCAUGAGGAACAAUAUGACAGCAAGUAUGUUUGACUUAUCAAUGAAGGACAAAACAAGAUCUCCUUUUGCAAAAUUAAAAGAUAAGAUGAAAGGUAGAAAAAACGAUGGGACGUUUUCGGAUACAUCUUCUGCAAUCAUUCCAAAUUCUCACAUGCCCGAUGUCAAUUCUGAAUUUUCAAGUAGUGAAAUAUCUAUGAAAUCCAAACCAAAAAAGCCUUUCCUGUUGGGUCCUCAGCGACUCUCUUCAGCGCAUUCGAUGUCUGAUUUAACUGGGGCCCAUGUAUCUUCCGAGAAACUUAAGUCUGGCUCAGUGGGGCAAACGCGUCUCCUCGGACGCCAGCUAGAGUCCUUUGGAACGGUUCCGGAAAGUGGAAGUCUCAAAUCUCCACACAGAAGAACAUUAAGCUUUGAUACUUCUAAAAUGAACCAACCUGAUAGCAGCGUGGAUGAAGGUGAAUCAACUUUCGGAAGACAAAAUGACCCAUUUACAAAUGUGACUGCUUCAUUACCCCAAAAAUUUGCAACACUGCCAAGGAAGAAAAAUCCAUUUGAAGAAAGCAGUGAAUCAUGGGACAGCAGCAUGAAUUUAUUUUCAAAAUCGGUUGAAGUAAGAAAAGAAAAUAAAAGAGAGAAAAGGGAGAGAGUUAGCCUGUUUGAAAGAGUGACUGGGAAAAAAGAUAGCAGAAGAUCUGAUAAACUUAACAAUGGGGCAUCCGAUAGCCCUUGUGACUUCAAAUCUCCUAGUGCGUUUAGUGAAAAUCGUCAGGACUAUUUUGAUUAUGAGUCAACUAAUCCGUUUACAACAAAAUUCAGGGCUUCAAAUACAAUGCCAUCUUCCAGUUUUCAUAUGAAUCCGACAAGCAAUGAAGACCUCAGGAAAAUCCCGGACAGCAACCCUUUUGAUGCCACCGCAGGCUAUCGUAGUCUGACCUAUGAGGAGGUGCUGCAGGAGCUAGUGAAGCACAAAGAGCUGCUCAGGAGAAAAGACACCCACAUCCGGGAACUGGAGGACUACAUCGACAACCUGCUCGUAAGGGUCAUGGAAGAAACGCCCAGUAUCCUCAGAGUGCCAUACGAACCGUCCAGGAAAGCUGGCAAGUUCUCCAACAGUUAAUAAGCCAACUGCACUGCAUUUCUGAUGGGGGGGAAAAAAGAAAGGAAGAAAGAGAGACAGAAAGAAGAAAAAGUUGUUACUAAAAAGAGACUGCUCUUUCAGAUUUCUUUAUAUACUCCAUGGUCAAAAAUUGUUUUACCUGUGACUAUUGGCAGGGACUGUCAAGAGUGACCUUUGAAGUGAGCUGAAUAACUUAAACUUUUAAAGUGAAAAUGGGCCAGAUUCUCCAUAAAGAAGCAGUUGCUUAGGAUUCACUUAGGUGCUGGAGCCAGUCCACUGACAUGCUCUGGGCCUUAGAAGUGUCUUCAGAAGUAUGUCACUUACUCCUCAGGAAUAGAUUUCUCAUAAGCAGAAUUGAUUCCGUGGUUGGUUUCUCAGCAUUCAGUUUGUACACAUAUGUAACUGCAGGAAUACUGCUCAUUAUAAACACUACUUUAAAAAAAGUUCAUGUUUUAUAUACGGAUCUACAUACAUGGAUAUAUGUUCAUGUAUCUGUAUAUAAAAUACAUGCGUAUACCUCAUAUAUACAUGUUUUUAGAACAUUUAAAAACAACCGGUUGCUUCUAAAAUUAGGAUGCCAAUUUCUUAAUUUGAAAAUGUGUGCUCUAUUGAUGCAAAACAAAUCGUCAUUGCUACUACAGUAUUAUGGUUCGUUAUGGAAAAGCUGCUUCAAAUCACUCUUGACUAUAUGAACCUUAGUUUCAGAAUAAGCUGCUACUCUAUAUUAUUCCAGCAUUAAUUUUUUUCUCUUUUUCCAAAAGUAAUGCUCCAGAGUCAUUUUUUAGAGAAUGACAUAUUUUAGGAAACUUCAUUAAUUUCACAACAGCAUGGAUUUCUUGAAUUCAUUUUUUAUCUUCACAUUUGAGUUUUGUUUAAGCUAUAAGCAGAAGAUAAGCUAAUAUAAUUUGUUGAGAUUCUGAAUGCCUUUAAAUCACUAGCAAAGAAAAUACUAAGUUCAAUCUGAAGAUUUUGUUUGGGGGGGUGGGGUGUAGGUGAGCGUCUGAUGCCUCAUAACCCAAAGCAGUGAGCAAAUUCUAGGAAUAAAGAAUUAGGCUUGGUUUCAAGUUACAUAAAUAAUAGAGCAGAUGGUUGCAUUUGGGUCUUGAACCAACAUAACAGUUACUAAAGGAGGAGUGAAUUUUUAGAACAGAUCUUUACUAGCAUGACAUGGUAUACUAUUCUACAUCUAUCCUUUAAGAAUUGAAUUAUCACAAAAUUAGGACGGCUUUUUUUGUAAGUCUGCUUCCCAAAAAUGUUGAUUACUUCUGUGAAUUAUCUUUGUAUAUCUGUGCAAAAUUAGUCUGAAAUUUAAAAUGUGAAACAAUGGUUAUAAAAAUAUUACUGAUCAUCUACUGCUAUUUUUUACCUUACAAAUUUCUAAAAUACUUAAUAUAGAACACUAAAUCUGUGUCUUCUGAAUUUAAUGAAAAAUAUACCUUAUACGGAGUCAUAUAAUCCCCCAUCUUUUAAUGAACUGCAUUUUUGUCUAAUAUUUGACUCUGUUAAGACUCCAUUGGAAAUUAAAUAAAAAAGCAGAUAUAACAGUUUUGCUCACUUUAGUUAUUUGGAAUCAGUUACUACUUGGCCAAGCUUAUAUUCAAUCCAGAAAUUAAAAUCCCUUGUAUUUUCUGAGUUUCUUGAGUUUUCCUCUAAGAACAUACAUUUUGAAAUUAUGAAAAUUUUCCUCAAAUCCAAAAAUUAAAUAAUUUCUGAAAUGAAGACAUGGAGAAGGCAAAACAGCUGUUACCGACUUUUUCCUUCACUUAUAUAUUUCUGUAAUUAACCUCCAAAUCUGAUCUCGAGUUUUAUUUUCUCAUUUGAGGUCUUAGUAAUUAUUAUCUUUUAACGUGGUGUCAUUUUUAAUUAACAUUUGUUAAAUAUUACAAAAUUCUUAGCAUUUGUUUUUUUCUGUUAGUAUAGUUGAAGCUCUUCUUACAUUUUUAAAAAUACCCAAAUCCAUGUGUUUUUAGUACUAUAACAGAUUAUCUGCAGAUAUUUUAAUCUGCUUUGGCCAAAUUUGCUCUUUAUAGAAUGAACCAAGAUGUUCGUUCUGUAUUGAGGACAUGUUUCAUGAGACUAGAGCUCAUUAAAAAGUAUGGCUCGAGUACUGCUAUUCUUUUUAUAAAGAAAUUCAUUUUUAUGAAGAAAUUCAUUUUUAAGGAGAAAUUCUUUUCUUGUAUAAAAACUGUCAAGAAUUAGACUUAUCCAUACGUGAUUGAUUUGGUUAUAACCGAAUUAAUAGUUUUAUCUUCAAAUCUGAGACAAGAAUGCUAUCAAAAACUCAAUUUGCAUUUAUCACUGCCUGAAAAUGUUCUGUUCCGUCGUUUAUGAAUUUUUACUCAUGACCCAGAGCAAAACGUAUAUCUUCUUAAUCGGUCAGUAUAAUAAACUAAAGACAAAAAGUAAAAAUGAGUUCCCAAGUGAACAUAUCAGUGUUUCCGGUGUGGGCAGAAGUACAAACAGAGUGGUUUUAUUUUCUAGCAUCGUGGAAGGAAGGCCAAAAAAAGAUCACCUUAAGUUUGUUUUUCCAAAAUGUAACUUUUCAACAUAUUCUAUCAGUAUAUUUCGUUAGUAGCUUAGAAAUGGAGAUAAAAUAUAUGUACUCAUUAAAUAACGCGCAGCACUAUAGACUUAUAAACAGAUUUUACUUUUAUGCUUUACAGAUACAUGCUGAAAACUGUUUCCACCAACGAGGAUUUUUUAAAAUUGCAGCAUUGUUAUUUAUCUCAAACCUAUCUUAACAUACUUCUGUUAUGUAAUUAAAUUCUAUUAUUUUUAAAAUCGUAUAUUUUAUAAUCAGUUUCCCUCCCAGUUUUAAAAUUCAGUGUUGAAACUACUGAAAGUACUGUCCUCCCACUUCUGUGUCGUUUCAUUUAUUGAAUACCAGGGUCCUAUCUUAGAAUUGUAUAUAAAAUGACGUGUCACCCAUUCAUGAAAAAUGUUUAAGUAUUGCUUUUGGCUGCUACAUGCUGCGUUGAGCCUCGUUUUGCCAUUCUCCCACAAAUGUGGUAUUAUCCAUAGAUUAUACAUAACUGUAUCUAUUGCUUUUGGCAGUAAAUGAAGAUUUAGUUGUAAUUUUCCAGCUGUGAAAAUGUUGCCUUGUAUUUAAAAGCGUUUCAUGAAUGGAAACCUAAGUAAAACUCAGCUCAUUAGUGACAGACUUGCUUCCCCCACAUCCUUCCAUCACCAACUCCUCCGCCCUCACAGCCCCCCUGCCUACCACCCCCAUAAGGCUGCUUAUUCUUUAGUAAGGAGACUCCGGGGUGGGGGCGGGGGGUAAAGUACUCUCUUUAAUAUGUCUAGUAAUUGUUACACUAGAGCUUUUAUUUCCCUCUGUAGCUUUUUAGGAAAAGCAACCUACCUUGGAUUUGUAAGUCAAGCUGAAAGUUUUUGAUGUCCAUGUACUCAUGUGUCUUAUAGAAAUGGUCACUUGUGUGCGUGUGUGUAAGUGACGUGUAAAGCAUGCUUAUUCACUUGAUCUCUUUGAAGUACGAGGAAAAGGAUCACGGUGCUGCUGGUUCAAGAUGGUAGAUGCAAGGGUCUGUCAGCACACAUUGGAAAGCCCCCGUUUUCACAGAUUUGUAACUUUAAUAAUCCAGGUGCAAUUAUUGGAAGUAUUUAAUAUGCAAUAGGUAGCACCUUAACUCAUUAAUCUGCAUAUGAAGGGUUUUCUGAUGUAUUUAAUAAGUAGUGUGGAAGCUCUUCAAGCAUUAAACUAGAGUUGACAUUUUAUUUCAUUUAUUUCUUAUGUCAAAACCACUCACUAUGGAAUUGAAGUCUGUAACAAAUGAUGUAUUGGGCCUAUUAAUCUUCGAAGCUUCCAGGUGGUUUGUAUUUUAAGGUACAAAAAAUGCUGCAGAUCUAGAAAUAUAUAUAUUUAGCAGGUAUUUGAAAGAUAUCAACAUUAUUUAUAACUGAAGAGUAUUGUACUUAUUAAGUAAAAUGCUCUGUUAACUUGUGUACAUUUUUACAGGUACAAACUCAAAAGUAUGUAAACAUUGCAUAAUGUGACAAUUGUAUAAUUUAUGUAAUCUGAUGCAUGAAUCAGAAUUUUUAUACAAUAUAUGAUUUAUUAUAGUUGAUUAAAGUGUUUAAUCUUAA